AUGCAUUGUCAGUCGACAAUGUUUGUCUUUCUAAAGACAUGUCUCAAUACUACCGCUAUAUACAUUUGUGCUGAAUAUAACGUCACUGCGCAUGUGCGGGUUAAACUCUGUUGGAAUGUGAAUCUUUGGUGGCUUGUGGUUCAGUUGGUAGGAGUUCAGUCAGAUAUGUGUCCUUAAUGCAGCAACACUGGGACACGGAAUACCAGCUUUCAACUGAUGGAAUUAAGGAUCUCACAGACAUUUAGAAGAACUACGUGUGUAUGAGUGUACUCAAAGAGAAUGUGUAGAUAUACCAGAAACAACGCAGAGAAGGUUCUGGAAACAAACAUAAAAGUUAUGUGAAGCUAAUGUCACAAAGGACUAAUAUGGCUUCCUAAUUUUGAAAACAGAAAAUUCUCGUGUGGACCAACUGUUGUUUGACUGCAGCGUGGGUUAAUAGUUCUUCGUCACGUCUAACCUACUCACAAUCCCCUUCCAACCAUGUAUCGAAGGAAUGGCUUCGACAGCCGGCGGCUACAGCGGACCCCUCGUCUAGAGAUGGCGGUCUGGCAGGACCUGGUGAGCGACACGGGGCACAUGCACAUGCCCGGGUAUGACCCCAAUGACCCUUACAGCUGCACGUGCUACCCCAAGCCAUCCAGCAUCCAGAUCCCGUCCAUGGUGUAUGACGAGAUCCGGUGUCCUCACCCCGAGAAGCAUCACCUUCAGCCGGCCCAGGACGAUGUGUUCGCGUAUCCCUGGACGGUGCAGACAUAUGAACCUCCAUUUGACAAGAACUCGUACAGACCCAUGAGUCUCCCACCAAGGCCGCCGAUGUCCGCUAAGACCGCCCCGCCCUAUGUUGGCAUGAAAGCCAAGAAACCACAGAGUGUGGCUCCACCUCCUAACUCAGCUCCUGACAAGGUCAAGGUUCCAAAGUUGGACCUGAAUCUUCUUGAGCAGCCCCAAAGAUCAAAGGUAGUGACAACACCGACGUUAACGACAAUCGGUGAAGCUCAGGACGACUUCGCGGAGACGAAGGGCAACUAUCCCACCAUCACCCAGUACGACAGCGUUAGCCAAGUGCUACAGAGACGUUACUCCUCCUACUACCGGAACCCGGCCCCCACGCCGCUCCACUUCAAAGACCCAGACAGGAACAUGAUGCGGAGGACACCGGUGCGAGAUCCCCCCUACAAGGGGAUGCCCCCCAGGACGAGGGAGGUGAUCACACGGGACCUACCCACCAGGAAUAGUGCCUACUACAGCAGGUUCGAGUACAGCCCACCGCCCCAGGUCCGGGGCACCCCCGGGAUGAGAUCCUACACAGCCACUAUGGACCCAGUCCCCACAAGGCAGUUCGAAGGACAUUACGUCGACCCGAAGACGGGAAAGGAAUUCAAGUAUGACGUCCGAUAUGGAAAACGGGACCUUGAGGGCAACAGAAGCCUGAUCACAGCCUGACCAAUUGACCACAGACGACGGCCAGUGACCAGCUCGGUAUAAUCAACACGGACAAAGGGUAGCUAGCUCAUCCCAGAUCACAGAGGGCUACACAACUGGGAAUCGGUAGUACUGGGAGCAUAAUAGGACGACAGUGGCACAAAGUAUGUCGUCUCGCAGGUGGUACGUGGGACUGAGGCAGUGUAAGGACGUCCCCGUCACUGCCACAUGUAUGUGACACUCGAGUCUAGUUUUAUCUAAGGGGCCUUUCAAGAAGAGUAUGCCCAGACAUCUUCCUAUGGCCAACACAUUACAGUAAUAGUGUUCAUGAACAUACCCACAUGUGCUCACAGCAUGGUCACUUAACAACUACUGCUGACACGGGGGAAAUCAAGUUCAGCCUAUUAGGUAUGCCGCAAAGUAUUUAGAUAAACAUCAAACAUCAGAAGUACUCCGCAUGACGUAUGUAACCAUGUCCUUCCAACUGUGUCUUGUAGCAGUGUCUUAUCACCGAUCCCACCAGGUCAGGAAUUAAAACAGUACUUCCAGAUACCGAGCUUGUCAGUCAGGGACCGUCAAGAGCAAUAACUAAAGGAAACACUGAUACCACCUCUUAAGGAAUGACUAGUAGAUGGACGCCACAAUGCCUGUGCUACCGACAUAGUGCGGCAGAAGUAACGUGUAACAAGAUUGGGUAUUGCAAAAAGUCAUGAUGUAUUUAUCUGGGCAAUGAUUUGCAUCGUCUUGGAACAUUGGUUGUGUACUACAGAACCUCAGUUCACGUAUUGGGAGUCUUGUGUAGGUCAUGGACGUCAACAGCAGGUGGGCGUCAUCUGAGUCUGGUGUAGGUCAUGUAUUUCAACAGCAUUUUGGCGUCAUGUCAGUCUGGUAUAGGUCAUGUAUUUCAACAGCAGGGGGGCGUCAUCUGAGUCUGGUGUAGGACAUGGACGCCAACAGCAGGGGGGCGCCAGCUGAGACUGGUGUAGGUCAUGUAUUUCAACAACAGGUGGGCGUCAUGUCAGUCUGGUGUAGAUCAUGUAUUUCAACAGUAGAUGGGCGUCAUCUGAGACUGGUGAAGGUCAUGUAUUUUAACAGCAGGUGGGCGUCAUCUGAGACUGGUGUAGGACAGGACGUCAACAGCAGGUGGGCGCCAGCUGAGACUGGUGUAGGUCAUGUAUUUCAACAACAGGUUGGCGUCAUGUCAGUCUGGUGUAGAUCAUGUAUUUCAACAGUAGAUGGGCGUCAUCUGAGACUGGUGUAGGUCAUGUUUUUCAACAGUAGGUGGGCGUCAUCUGAGACUGGUGUAGGUCAUGUAUUUCAACAGCAGGUGGGCAUCAUCUGAGACUGGUGAAGGUCGUGUAUUUCAACAGCAGCUGGUCGUCAUCUAAGUCUGGCGUGGGUCAUGUAUUUCAACAGCAGAAGGGCAUCAUCUGAGACUGGUGUAGGUCAUGUAUUUCAACAGCAGGUGGGCGUCAUUUAAGUCUGGUGUAGGUCAUGUAUUUCAACAGAAGGGGGGCUUCAUCUGAGACUGGUGUAGGUCAUGUAUUUCAACAGUAGGUGGGCGUCAUCUGAGACUGGUGUAGGUAAUGUAUUUCAACAGCAGGUGGGCGUCAUCUGAGACUGGUGUAGGUCAUGUAUUUCAACAGCAGGUGGGCAUCAUCUGAGGCUGGUGUAGGUCAUGUAUUUCAACAGCAGGGGGGCAUCAUCUGAGACUGAUGUAGGUCAUGUAUUUCAACAGCAGGUGGGCAUCACCUGUGUCUGGUGUAGGUCAUGUAUUUCAACAGUAGGUGGGCGUCAUCUGAGACUGGUGUAGGUCAUGUAUUUCAACAGCAGGUGGGCGUCAUCUGAGACUGGUGUAGGUCAUGGAUGUCAAAAGCAGGGGGGCGUCAUCUGAGACUGGUGUAGGUCAUGUAUUUCAACAGCAGGUGGGCGUCAUCUGAGACUGGUGUAGGUCAUGGACUCACUGUUUGGUCCCAACAUUUAUUUUAUUUUCCUUGGUGAGGACAAAUGAUAACAAACCUACCCAAUGUUAAAAAAAACAAUUUUGUUGCAUGAAUUGUCAUUAUUACCGACACUUAUCAAUAAGUUAUUAUGUAUAAUGUGUUCACUUAAACCGAGCUUGUACUUUAUAUAUGAUAUUUGAUGCUGUAUAUUCAUGAGUGGCCAAGAAAGGUUUAGUAUCUCCCGUACCUUGCCGUAUCUUGUCAGGCGAACUCGACUGUGUUCUGUUUCCUAUCUGGUUGUGAUGCACUGUGUCACAAUAUCCUUCAACACACCCUUUAUAGUGCACUGUGUAUGUGCACUUCAAAAUGGCGAUGUGUUCACUUUGUAUGCAACAACUAUUCAUGUAUCAAAUUGUAUUUGUUCAUAAAAAUGUCAAAAUAA